AUGUGGCGCAGCCUCUAUCGGCGUGGACUCAUCCCCGUUGAUGCCACUGGCCACCGAGGCGUAGCCGGUGGCGCUGCCCACGCGUGGCAAAGAAGGACGGCGACUGUCACUGGCUUGCUACCUGCACAGUCGUCGUCGCUUCGUGCUAACUCUAGCAGACGCAUCGGUGCCCCGGGCCCGGCGCCGCACCCCUGCAACGCCGCUCGUCACCUUUCGUACGUCACGAAUGCGGCGAACUUCGAAGCGGAGGUGCUGCAGUCUCAGCAGGCCAUCUGCCUCAUCUAUUAUAUAUCGAAUAGAAACUGCUCGGCGUACUUGAAAGCUGCCGAGAAGCUGGUGGACUCGAUCAACGCUCAGACAACAGGGCUGGGCACAGCAACGUCGACGAGCAGCAGCGGCAGCGGUACAGCGGAGGCGUCACGGUCAGAGCUAACCGUCGAGGUGAACGGCACACAGGUUUCGGAAACCGCUGAGGGCGGUGAAGCUCCGUCCGCGUUGUCGCCAGCGUCAGCUGCUGCGCCGACCCAGAGGCCACACAAAAUGGAGUGGUUGAAGCUCUGCACGAUCAACGCGGACGAGAACCGAAAUUUAGCCUCCGCCUUCUCGGUGGAGCGCGCAAGGCUGCCAAUUACAUACUUCGUGAUGCAAGGAACCAUUGUCGAUAAAGUCGUGGGCCACGUCGCUGAGGCGCGACUGAGCAGCAUCCUUGUCAAGUUCCUCGAGCACUACCAGAAGGAAAUGAACGUGGAUCUUCUCGCACGGCAGAACAGGUUAAGCGGGACGGGUGACGUCAGUGCCAGCCCGCUGCCCUCCGCCGCCACAACAGACCUGCUCAGUGGCACCUCGACGGCGUUCUUGCAGGAGAAGAUCAUGAACGCCCUAGUAGGCGCGGACAUGAUCCAGCUGCCCGAGGAAGCCGAGAAACUCGACGGUCUGCGACGCACGUUGCAGGAGGCAAAGAAGAAGGCGCACGCAGAGUUGCAGGAGCUGCACACGCAGCUUGGCAUGGACGUGCGCCGCCUCACCGACGCUGAGAUGCGGGCCCACUACGUUGGCGCUCCGCAGUUCCAUGCGCUCGGCCUCCUUUGUGCGCUUGAGGCACUUUACCUCGCGCGGUCGCACGCGACGCUCGGCGAUGUGGCGCGCGUCAACGUGGAGUGGGCCCGCCGUGCAGUGCAAAGAGACUUCGAGGCCAUCCAAGGCAACCUCGCGCUGCGGCGGGUGCUGGCCUUGGUGGAUGUGAACCUGGUUCGUGGUGAGCUGCGCACAGCUGCGAUGCUGGCGGCGCAGGAUGCAAACCGGAUCGGCAGCGUCCUAGCCGCGAUGGACACUGACGAUGUCCGCGGUGCGCAGCAUCGUGACGCCCUAAAGGAGAUGGAGGCGCUGAUCGCUGGACAGUGUCAGUACUGCCGGGACAUGCUGCGCAUCAUCGACGACAACAUCGACAGCCGAACGCUCGAUGGCAGCGAGUUCCCAUCUUCGAUCGUGGAUCAGCUGUUUGAGCUGCUGAAGAAAAAUCUGAAGCUGAGUCGGACGCGUCUCUCGCAGUCGUCGCAGACUGCAGAGUCCGAUGCGCCGGACGCCGGCAGCGCCGAGGAGAGCAUGAAGGCUCUCAUGGACGGCAAGGCGCUCGAUACGACGGCGAAGCGCGUGCUGAUGGCAAAGGCACAAGUGCCGCAAGUUCGAACGCUGAUCAUGUCUCUUCUUCAGCUCUAUCCGACGGACCCGAAGAGCCAAGACGCGCGGUCACGAUUGGCUUCCCUCCUUUACUGA